AAUAUCCUAACCGUAACUUUUUAAGUAUGUCUUGUCUUGUUUAUGUUUUGUUUACUUCCAUUUUUUGUAGCUGUUGAAUUGUUAAUGUCCCGAUACAAUAGAAUUUUAAAUGAAUUAAUCAGGUAGAAUAGUUUUUCUUUUAAUAAAACGCAGACAUAAUGUCUGUGUCUACUUGGCUUUUUGAAAAGCGGCCUCUUAAAAAGCCAAGAUUAGGACCACCUGACGUUUAUCCACAGGAGCCAGAUCAAAAAGAAGAUGAACUGACUGAAAUUCAUGUUAAACAAGGUUUUAAGAGUCUCCCUCAGUUAACAGAUGAGUAUGGCUCUGCAAGAACUUCAAAUAUUACUGCUACUAAGUUUGGUUCCUACUUCAGUGCAGUGUUAGGUCUAAAACAAGAGUUGAACAGAUUUGCAGACUGUCGUAAAAAACAACAAAAAGAUCCAAAAGAUAAUUUUUGGCUGGCAACAUCAAGGUCUAAGCAUGCUGUUGAAGCUUGGUUCAAAGAUUUGGCUGGAUCCAAAUCACUCCAAAUUCUUGGGAAAAAGAUUCCAAUAUUUAACAAGAAAGAAGACAUAUUUAUGACUCUUUAUGAACAUUCUGUCCCGAUGUUAAGAGCUGCUUGGUUUAUCAAAAAUGUUUCUGCUUAUUAUGCUGCAAUUUCUGAAACUAAGAAACAGAAGCGUCAACAAACAGAUCCUUCUCAGGAAUGGACCCUGACGCUCUGCAAAUUUCUGAGAGAGCAACUACAGAAAGUCGCAGACCAUUACAAUACUACAUCAGGUACUGGUACCAACAGUACUGCUGGAAAUACAACUGUUUCAUCAUCGCUCAGUUCUUCUAAUGCCUUGACUGCUUUAGGUAGUGCUAACCCUAAUUUAGCAAACAAUACUUUAAAUGGGGUGAUUACAUUGGACGUUGCAUACAAGCAAUGGCAGUAUUGUACUAUGUUAGCUCGGCACUUGUAUGAGGAAGGAUUAUUAGAUAGACAAGAUUACUUAUCUUGGAUACUAGAUUUGUUAGAAAAAACUAAAAGUCCCGAUGAUCCCCUUUUAAAAGUUAUAUUGCCUCUGGUUUUGCAGUAUGCAGAUGAGUUUGUUAACUCCCAGUUGCUCUCCAGACGUCUUGCCUAUAACUGUGCUAAGAAACUGAGUGUUCUUUUAUGUGAUACUUCAGAUGCUUCACGAUGUCCUAGUCCAAUUGUAAAUUCAACAUCUAGCCAGUCCAUAUCUGUGCCAAAUCCUCAGUCCAAUUUUAGUCCAAUAACUGCUAGUAUUGUGGAAUGCCUAAGUUGUUCACACCACCGAAGUGUCCUAUUUUAUUUGUGUGCAAUCAUUCAAAUAAUUACAUUAGAAUGCCAGAGUGCUCUGGUGUGGAACAAUUUAGGGGAUGGAAAAAGUUCUUCCAUGAUGAAUGGUUCUCCUUUAGAUUUACUGCCAUCUGCUCCUUCCAAUCUUCCAAUGCCCCAGAGGCCUUUUAAUGCCCAGGUGCGAGCAGAAUUGCGUCAAGCUGAAGAACAGAUAAGGCAAAGAGGGCGUGCUGCUGAAGUGAGAUGGUCUUGUGAUAAAUGGCAACAAACUGCACUUGGUUCUACUAUACAACAAGUUCUUAAUGCACUUGAUGCUCUAGACCGACAUAAUUUUGAUAGGGUUGAUAAUAACAACACGCUGGAUACAUUAUAUCCCAAGGUUUUCCCCACUCCUGUCAAUAAAGAAAAAUGCUACGGCAACUGGAAUGAAAUGCUUGUACAGGACGAGGCAGUUGUACGUUUGCUCUGUGAAUGGGCAGUCACAACAAAACGCUCUGGAGAACACAGGGCGCUUGCUGUCGCCAAACUUUUAGAGAAAAGACAAGCUGAUUUAACAACUGAGAGAUUCAAUGAGACAGAUGCUGCUGAUGAGAAAGAUUCUCAAGAUUCCACGAAUGUAUCACCACUUGGGUUACCCAUCUAUCAGAAUUUGCUUGUGAAUUUUUUGGACACUCAAGCUCCUGUAAUUGAUGAGCGAUCCACUUCUGAUAACAAAAGUGCCUUUGCCAAUCUUGUUUUGCUGUUUGCUGAACUUAUUAGGUCUGAUGUCUUUUCGCACGAUGCGUACAUGUGCACGCUGAUCUCUCGGGGGAGCUUCAACAACACAGCAGCUGGGACACAGAUUGGAUCAGGGUGCAUACCGCAUUCCAACAAAUCCAUGUCUACUCCUGAACCAUCACUGAUGGGUUUUAUGCCUGAUCCCUCAAGGGGUCUGUCACCAGGUCCUGGAAGUGCUGGUUGCAUGGGCAUCUCUGGGAUGUCAGGAUUGGGGAUUCCCUCCAUUGGAGACAGCAGGCAGGCAGAAUCUCUACCCAUGUUCGAACCACCCGACAACCGACCUGCAUCUGUUAAGCAUGAUGCUUCUUGGGAGGAGAUGGAUACAGAUGAGGCUAGGAUUGAUGCUGAUUUAGGGAAACUUCUUCAACAUAUCAAAGAAGGCCAACAAAAUAUGAAUGAUCAACCUGAUUCUGUUGGCUCUGACAAAGAUGAGUCCACCCCUCUGAAUGCAUCAACACCCCUUGGUCACCCACCCCUUGUAUCAUGCUGCACACCUGGCACACCCUCCAACAAUGCAUCCUCCAGUACCAUGAGCAACACCGCCAGGCACCUUCUCUACACCACUCAUUUCCCCCUUUCCCAAGAGGAUGCUGCAAUCCACGACUGCAACCAGCGCCACAUUCUUCUCUUUGGUGUUGGAAAAAUUCGUGAUGAAGCGAAACACACCACAAAAAAGAUCACGAAAGAGAUUAUGAAGCUCUUUAGCAAGAAAACUUGUAUGGAUAUCAUGGAUGGUGCGAGAGUGAAGAAAAAUGCAAAGGAUGGUUUUAAUUUCGAAGCAGCCAUGAAUCGUUUUCAGAGCUUGUCUUAUUUUGACCAGCAUGUUGUGACAAACACGUGUGCAGCCUCUGUCACUGAAAUGCUGAGUUCAUUCUCUACUGGGAACUCAAAUUAUCUUCCCUUAGUGGAGUACAUUGCUUAUUUGUUUGAAUUGAUGGAACACGCUUUGAACAUUCAUGGACUGAUAGAAUUUUGCAUACAGCUCUUGAAGGAAUUAGUAGAUGUUGAAGCGCAACUGUCUCAAAAGUCAUCUUCAUUGGCUGGAAGCUAUGCCACAUCAGUGGGGCUGAGUAUUGUGGGAGUGCUAUACACAUAUCAUUGUUGUCUCCUUAUCUCCCAGGAAGAAACACUUGCAGUCUUUGAAGGGCUUUCAAAAAUAGUGAAGCACAUAAAUACUCCUACAGACUGCAGUUCUUCUGCUGAGAGAUGCAUCCUAUCCUAUUUGUUUGAUUUGUGUUCUUCCUGCAAUUAUCUUAAGUCUCGUCAUCAAGAGCAGUUUUCUAAUAUGUAUCCCAAGGCUAAAAACGUGAUGUACGGUAUGGUGCCACCUGCAUGGAAUACUAAGUUCAUGAUUGAAUAUCUUACAGAACCUAGAUUGAAAUUAGAGAUACAGUAUUUGAAGCAACUGAAUGAUCAACAGAUUUUACGCUACAGCUUUGUUUGCAAUGCUAUUCACUGUGUUUCAGUGUGUAAAGACCCUGAUAGGUUGAAUGAAAUAGCUAUCUUUUGUGCUGAAGUUACUGCAAAAUGCUAUCAUUUGAGUUCUGAAUGGAUAGCUGCCCUCAAGGCUCUUUGCUGGUCUUCCAAUCAUACAAUUGGAUUUUUAGAGCUAGUAACGGAAGUUAAUAUUCGCGAUCUCUCUAUUCAUGAUAACCUUGCAUUGCUAACAUCAGUAUUGAUUGCUCGAAGAUGUUUCUUACUUCAAGACUUUGUUAUCAAUGUUGCCAUUCCUGCUAUAAUUGCUGCUCUUCCAGCAAAUAAUGUUGCUGCAGUGGAAGCUGAAGCAGGUGCCAGACUGACUUGUCACGUUCUAAGACGCUUGUUUAAAAAACCAUAUUCACCCCCUGGUGUUUAUCACACCCCCAAUCAAGGGAAGCGCAUUUACCAUAUUAAGUACCCGAGCGAUCGCCAUUUACUUUCAGCUACGUAUUCUGGCAUGAGAGUGGAAGCCAUUUUGACAGUUUUGAAAGCCAUAUUGGUUUUAGGUGAUUCUCCAACAUCAGAAAAUAAAUUAAAAGAAAGCAAAGAAUUAAAUAUAACUGAUUUACUUGGACCCAUGGAUGAUUUGGGCUUACCACCUUCUCUGGGUCAUCCACAGAAUCAGGGGUCAGGAGGAGCAGCUGUGAAUUCAGGUUCAGAAUCUGCCCCCUUAAGUGAAUUUGCUAAGCAUGUCCUCAAACAGAUCCGUUGCCAGGAGUGGAUUUAUGAAAGAUGUUUACGCUAUCCUGAAGUGCUCUGCUCAGAAGAGAUCAUUCUGGACCAAAUGCUUUCACACCAACAAUCUCAGCAGUUACUGAGGAUGAUUUGUCGUCCCCAUGAAGCGGACAUCCCUCCCAAUAUAUUUGAUCCAUCUGAUCAAAAAGCAUUAAUUGCUAGUGUUCUUCAAAAUUUAGACUUAUGGACCUUGCGAGUAUCUUGGUUAGAGUUGCAGUUCAUGUACAAACAGUGUGAGGCGCAGGAUCCUCCUCAGAUCAAUACGUGGCUGGAUAGUGUGGCCAAAGCAACAAUUGAUGUCUUCCAAAUGAUGAGUGAAGAAAAUCAAUCUACUAUCAAAGGAGAAUUCUUAAAAAAUUGCUGCCCUUCAAAGUUUGAAAUAGACAAACCCAGCCGCAUCUGGUUGGUUGCUCCUCUUAUUGCAAAACUUCCACCAGCUGUCCAGGGUGAGAUGCUGAAGGCUGCAGGACAGGUUCUUGAAACAGGUUCAUGGUCAAAAUCAUCAUCAUCUAGUUCUUCUUCAUCAUCAUCAUCGAAAAACAAAGAUAAAGAUAAACAAGCUCAAAAAAAUUCUUCCUUAUUAAGUCAUCAGCCAUUCUUGUCUUUGGUAUUGAUGUGUCUGAAAGGACAGGAUGAACAAAGAGUGGCACUCUUGACCUCUCUGCAAAGCCAACUUUCUUACAAUAAUUAUAUAGGACGAGAUGACAAACAUGGUUUAGAGGAGCUGAAAGCUAAACAAGCAAUGCAGGAAGCUCUGCAGCUACGCCUAAGCUUGGUUGGUGGUAUGUUUGACAUGGUGCAAAGAAACCCUGACUUUACAAUGACAUGGGCUACACUUCUUGUUCAGCUUAUAAGCUAUGGUGUUGUCGAUCCUCAAAUCAACUAUGAGCUGUUUACAACUGUCCUUGACAUGUUAGCUGCUCUCAUUCACACAACACAAGUGUCAGAGUCUCUCAGUAGUGACAAGGGAGAAGAGAGUAAAAAGCAGAAUAAAAAGCAAGAACUUCUAAAAAAACUUAAGAAGGAAGUGGCUGAUAAAAACAGCAAAGGUAUACAGAUGGUGCGGCAGUUACUGCCCAUCAUGAAGUGGCAGUGUGAGGUCAUCACAUGUGAAGCCAUGGGGAGCUUGAUCGACACCAAAGGAAACAAAAUUGCCGGCUUCGAUUCUAUCGACAAGAAACAGGGCUUGCAAGUUUCGGCCAAGCAGAGAGUAAGUCCGUGGGAUUUUUUGGAGGGUCAUAAAAAUCCCACUCCUUGGUCGUGGUUUUGGGCUGUAAAAGUGGAGAGGAAACCUCUGCGCCACGAAGAGAGCCAUCGUCUAUUGUUGUGGCACACUCAUUCACUGAAAAAGCCAAGCAGCUAUUACUUAGAGCCUCCGCCACUACCCGCUGAAGAGUUAGAGCCACCUCCUGAAAAGCAGCCACAAAUUCUUAUUGAAGACAUUAAAAGAGGUAGAGAUACUCCUUUGGAACAGUCACCCAGAGGCAAUGCUAAAAAGCCAAAACAGCAACAGCGUAGGAGGAGAGCAGCAAAGAUGGUCAAUGGACAAGUUGAUAAAGAAUUUGCUAAAGGGAAGAAAAGAGAGCAGGCUCACGGUAUUCGACCGGGUAUGAGUUUCAAUGAUCCGAUGAUGUACCAACAAGGACCACCUCAGCCGUGGUAUGGACAACAACCUUCCAUGCAACAACCUCCUUAUUAUUCACCUCAACAGCCACUGCCACCUGCUGGUGGUCCAAGGUUUGAGCGACCUAUUUCUCAAUCUAAGCAAGCUUUGAGCUCAAUGCUACGUGCACGCCAUCCCUCCACUCAGUUUCUGCCUGGACCUGGUGCAAGCAAUCAGCAUCAAAAUGCUGGAGGUGGUGGUGCAAUGCCUGGAGCUAUGAGUGGGAGUCAUAUCACAGGAAGUGGAGGUCCUAUGCCUGUCAACCAUCCAGGAUCUAAUCCUCCUGCUGGUUUCUCUAUGGAAAUGAUGCAGAAAAGGCAAAUGUUGAUGCGACAGCAACUUCAACCUCAAAGAAUGCCUAGUGGUCCUGGUGGUCCUAUGUAUCCGCAUGGUAUGCAGGGAAGUUCAGCACAAACUGCUGCAUUACAUCAUUUACCACCUCAAGGAAUGACUCAAGGCUAUGGAAAUUACAGUGGCUCAGGUAUUCCACCCAAUGCAAAUAUGAUGGAGUCUAGAAACUCAUCUAUGCUUUCAAGUAACUUCAACCAAUCAUAUGGAGCUCAGCAAACAGCUUCUGGAAUGAUGGGUCCAAAUUCUAUACGAAAUCAACAAAGUCAAUACAUGCCUCAACCAAACAGAUCACAAUACAGUAUGGGAGCUCCUAAUGUGACAGUCAACCAAAUGGGAGGCGGACCUCAUUUGUCUGGGUCACAAAUGGUUCAAAAUAGUGGCAACACCUACGGUGGGCAAUCCAAUCCGCAGGCAAUGUCAGCGGGUGGAACAUCCAACCAGAUGCAUAUGCAGCAGAUAUGCCAUCAGCAGCAAAUUAUGGCCAUGCAACAAAAGAAUCAGCAGCAGCAACGACAACAACAGCAGCAAGCAUUGGUUGCUCAUUUGCAACACAUAAAUACCAAUAACCAAGGUCCUCCUCAUCCACAGCAACAACAGCAUCACCCUUAUCAUCCUCAGGGACCGUACUGAAACUCAACUGCUGACUUUUCUUCGAGACUUAAAGAGUGAAUACUCUUCUUCUUAAAACCGUUGGACUAUUAUUUAAUUCCGGUAAAUGAUUCAAAUCUCGUUUUUGUUUUUUUCUGAUCAACUCGAUGAGCAGAAUGUUUACGCCUGUACCUUGUUUCCUAUGGUUGAAAUUCUGGAAAAUAUUUGCCCAGUAAAUUUGUAAAUAUGUUAUUAAAAAAACAAUUGCCUCUUCUGUAUCUUUGUGAGAGCCUAGCCCAGCUAAAUAAUUCUCCUGUUAUUGAACCUUUUUUUUUAUUUUGUAAUAAAUAAAAGUUAAUUAUUUUCAUAAGGUAUCGGAUGCAUUAAAACCCAAUGCUUUUAGAAAUUCGAAAAGAAUUUUUAAUAUUAUGUCCAAAAUGUUUUAUGUUUUUGUUAUGUUUUAUGUUAUUUGGUAAAAUCUUAUAAAAAAUUUGAUGGUUUGCAUUGCAAAAAGUUACGAAUUUUUUAUUUUUAUUCUUCUGGUUGCUUUAAGAAUUUUUUAUUGUUUACAAAAAUCUGCAAAAAUAUUCAAUUAUCACUUUAAGCAAUUUAUUCAUCAUGAUUUAUAUAAUUCAUUGGGAUGAACAAGAUUUCAAUAUUUGCUAUUAAAUUGAAGGAAAAUCUAUUUAGAAUCGAUAAAACCUCUUCAUUGUCCAAAUUUAUUGAUAGUGGACUUUUUUUUAUGAAAGGUUAACUUAACUGAGCAGUUUUAGUUUGAAAACAGAAUUAAAUUUCAGAAGAACCUCCCCGCAAUGAAGUCUCCUUACAGCGAAUUUCUCCCAAUGAGGAAUUUUUUGGGCAUUUAUCUUUUCUAUUCUUUUUUUUUAAAACAAAAUUGCAAUUAAAAUGAGAUUUCUAUGCAAUCAAUUCUCUGUAACACGUCUGAUAAAUUAUGUUCACUUUUUAGCCUUUUAUUGACACAAUUAGAAAAUUAAUGAAUGCAAUAAAUAUGUGUUACUUAGUAUUUAAUUAAAAGACUCUUUUUACUUAUCAACUUUUAAAGUCACCACACAGAUUAAAAAUUUUGCUGGAUUUACUUAACUGUGAAAUUUUUCAACUGGAACGAUUCAUUUCAUUAAAGAGAGACUACUAUAUAUUCUCAUUCAACUUAAUGCAGGAUUGACAGAUUGGUUCAGAAAAAAUUAUUUCUUCAAGGACACUGAAGGAAAUUGAACCCAAUGGAAGAAACUAAAAAUGACAAUUGCAUAGUAUUAUAAAAACUUACAUUUAAUUAUAAAAUAAGUUAAAUUUAAUAUAGUGCCAGAAGGUUAAGUUUUUCAUAUCUACUCUUUAAAAAAAAAACUAUUUUCAUAUUAUUUUUUUUUAGUUUUAUAUAGAAUUUAAAAAUCUAUAUAGCAUGAUAUUCACGUGUUUGUUUGUGUAUUUAUACUUAAAAACAGUAUUUGACUUUAAAAAUUAAUAUGCUAUAUAAUUAGGAAUUCAGUGUGUGAUUUGUCAUAGUGUAUAAGUUUAACAUGUGAUUUGUUAAAAUUGCAGUAUUAAUUAAAUUUUAUUUUGAUAUUUUUAGUUAGUUACAUAAUUUUAAAACAAGUAUUUACUGGUAUAAAAUAAGCAUUUACGUAAAAUAUUGAUGGAUUUCAAGGAUUUUAGUUUCUUAAGAAAUUUAUUUUUCUUUACAAUUGUUUUUUAUUUGUAUUUUCUCAUUAAAAAUGUAUAUAUUAAAUAGCUUGGAAAUUAAUAAAAUUUUUUAAACUGUAUUGCAAUGAGCUGUUUAAAAAAAUUGUUUUAAUAUCUGGUAUUUCUUUUUGAAAAUUAGUUUCUUUCACUUGGGGUUGGAAGAAACCUAUUUUUUCUAUGACAGUUUUUUUCCUCUGUGAAAGAAACUUCCAUCAUUAUAUUAGGUAUGUAAUUAUCAUUUAUAUUCUUAAACUAAUAUGGUCCCAACUUUCACUAAAAAUAAAGUAUUGUCCCCUCAAUCUCCAGUGGUGUGGAAGCAAUUCCAUCUAAUGAGCUUUUGAUUCAUGUGCAAAGCUGUGUAUUUUUGUUUUAUGUAUAGGUUUGUUUGUAUAUUAUUUAGCUUUAAUCUAAAUGAGGACAUGUAUGUAGUGUGUUUGUAAAUGUUUCUUGAAAGUAUUGUAUAAUAAAAUAUUUAUCUGAUUCGA